AUGCCUAAAGAUGUGCCCAUCACCUUUGUAUGCACCACAAAGUUCCUACGCGACACCCUGUGUAAGAACCUUGAACAAUUAGAGAACACUGACUGGCUCGGGAUGAGCAAUAAGUAUGCACUAACAUCGCUGGUUAACACCCUACGUCAGCGUUGCGCACCAACUGCCUUCAGAAUGGCGAACUCACCUAACGAUACGAAGCUUAUAAACCUAGGCCGUCGCGGAGCACAGCAGCUAGCUAGAGAACGAGGAGCGCAACUUGUGAUCCCCAACCUAGAUCCAACACUGGAGCUAACAGGAGCACGUCUAUCAACUCUGACACAGAGAGUUGCUUACCGACUCAUCCGCAACAGAAGAAACACCCCAGAACGGAGAUCGACCGUUAAAACAGUACAGUCGGUGCUCCUAUCCAUCAAGGAAGACGUAAACGAGUAUGCCACAACGCAAGACGUAUGGCUGAGCUUACGAACGAAGGAUAUACGACUCCCGAUAAGAGACUUCCUGUGGAAAUCCCUGCAUAAUGCCUUCCGUUGUGGUAGCUUCUGGGAGAACAUACCUAACUACGAAGACCGAGCAAUGUGUCAAUACUGCGGAACCACGGAAUCCAUGUCUCACAUACUGGUUGAGUGUAACGCCCCGGGACAGGACGAAAUCUGGCAAAUGGCAGGUAAACUAUGGUCAAGGAAGCAGGCCUUAUGGGAGAAACCCAACCUUGAUGAGAUAUUGGGCUCUAACCUACGACGAUGGUUGUCGGUGAAGAAGAAACGACGCCUGUUUGUUGAGCGCCUAUGGCGCAUCCUAAUAUCUGAAGCCGCAUACAUGAUUUGGUGCCUACGUUGCGAAAGAUCAAUCGAACAUGCGGACGACGACAAUUGGACUCACUCGACUGCAGCUAUCAAAGCCCGAUGGGAGUGUACCAUAAACCGCCGCCUCCAUCUAGACAUAGCUAUGACACACCGCCGCUUUGGACGACUAGCACUAGACAGAAAUCUAGUCAUUGGAACAUGGCACGGCACCAUAAACGACGAAAUUGCCUUACCAGACGACUGGACGGUAAUUAAACGGGUUUUAGUGGGUAUUGAUCCUCAGAUAUUCGACCUAGAGGCGAGAGGAUAA